AUGUCUGAAGCAGUGGAGAGCAGCCUCUCUGUUGCACUGUUAGCAUCGAUGAAAGACAUCGCUGUACAAGACACUGAGUGGGUGCAGAUAUUUGAGACAAAUGGCAAUAAACCUCAAAUCAUCCUCACAAUCGUGGAGUAUGGAUACUUGAUGGUAUUUCAAGGACAGGAAAGCUUGGAUACAAUUCCUCUGCUCGGUGGCUCAGAUUUUCUCAAAGUACAGCAAAGGACUGAUAACCUGAUGCUUCGACUCACUGUGACGGGAGAGAGUCGUAUGAUAAGGAUGCAGUUUGAAGGGAGUAGCAGGGCAGAGGCUAUAAAGCAGUGUUCAAGUGCUGUGGAAAAACUGAUGGAGUACCUGCCUGUCACCACUCAAGAUGAUGCCCUACCAACCCCUAAUCAGCCCCCCACUGAGAUCUCUGCACCAGUGAUACAGGGGAAGGCUGUGGGAGUUGAGCCUGAAGUUGUCCAAGGAUCAUUGUCAAUCAAGCGUCUUACCCAGCACUUCUUGGGAGAGAAUGCUGUGAUUCUGCCUAAAGUAUACCACCAUGGUUCUUUGGCACAAGGUGAUUUGGAGCCAAUCCUGCGUGUUUGUCUGCUGGAUCCUAGCUUUCAUGCAUUUGUGGACAAGGUGGAGGGGGAGCUGAAGAAAUUGCUUCAGGAGUGA